UACCUGUGAACCCACUCUUCCUGCAACAAUAACAUAAACAUCUAAAAGCGAUGAGGUUGUGAUUGGCUUGAGAGCGACCAAUGACAUUGCAGCAAUAGGGUUUCCUGGAAGACACAGCAGCUCUGCGCAGCCUCCUGAUACGUUACCUGGCCGAGAUCAAGCUCUGCAUCUCGUUGACUUUCCAUUUCCAACCAGAAUUUAGGCUCAUUGUGUCCUUUUAGCUCGAACAGUCAAGGUGGUCCUCUGCAGUUUGCUUUAUUCACAGACAAAGACAAGGAAACAUGGCUGUUGCAAACUUGCAAUACAUAACUCGGAUGAGCAGUGGCUUCAAAGUCUACAUCUUGGAAGGUCAGCCCAACCUAAGAAGUGAAGAUAGAUACAGGCAUAUGACAAAUGAGAGAGUUCGAGUACCACCAGUGCAUCCAGUCAAGCGCAAACACAGCUCUGAGCGUGGCCUAACAUUGGAAGAAAGGCGAGAGAGGGCACAGAGCAAAAGCAACAUGAGAAGUGCUCAGAGGUCAGCUGUGUUUAGUGUUCCCCAGAGCCCCACAUCCUCCUGGAGCCCAACCCCAAGCCCCACAUCCUCCUGGAGCCCAACCCCCAGCCCCACAGGUCAUCUUCCCCAUCAUGUGUAUCCCACACCACCUAUGGAUGAACCACUGGACCUAAUUAAGAAACCAAGGAAAGAGCCUGAGAGGACAGAGAAGAAAACCAAAAGCACUACAUCCACAAAUCAGAUACAGAUGCGUCCUUCUGUGAUCACCUGUGUCUCCUCUACAAGAAAGCCCACCUUCAGAUCUGAGUUCCGCAGCAGCCACUCCUCCACAGUGCUAUAUAAGCACAGCUAUGACCAUGUGGUGGAGGAGCAUUUCAAGAGAAGCCUGGGGAUGGACUACCAAAGGGCCAGCUCCCGCCAGCUCUCCAUCAGCGUCUCUGUGGAUGACCACUUUGCCAAAGCCUUGGGAGGGAAGUGGCUUGAGAUCAAAUCUAAAUCCUCCUCGUGCUCCUCGUCUACAUCCUCACCAUCCAGCAGCCCAAGUGUCACUCACUCCCCCAGCUACAGCCACAGCCCAAGCCAAGCUCCCAAAGAGUCUCCAAGUACCACUACUCCCACCUCCAGCUUCUGGUCAGUCAAAUAAAACUACAGAGACCUUUCCUGAAGAAAGAAUUAACUUUGAGUAGUUUUUUUAUGCAAUACAACAGCAGGUCCAUGCUUUUCAAUGAAUGAAAGCACAAAGGAAACAGUUAUUGAGCAAGGGUAGACUAGAGAACAGGAAUGCAGGAAUACUUACCUACUCUAUGGUUGAACCAUUAAGAGCAUCUCUAUGAGUCUAUGCCCUGUUUGUGGAAAGGGGGUUUAUUGGUCUAAUAUCAAGGGACAAGCAAAUGUUACAGUGAUGUGAUGUCUUUAUUUCUCUUAAUUUCUGUCCCAGACUUUUUAAUAGCAUAUCUAUCUCUGAAAUAGAUGGCCAUUAUAUUUCAGUAAAUGUGUCAUAUUUCAUGCGGUGAAGAUGCCACAACUUUCAUGAUUGUGUAUUUAUACUGUAUGCUUUUAACGACCCUAGAUCCUAUUUUCUCAUACUAAACUACUGUGCUAAUCUACUGUACACAUUUGUUUACCAAACCUGUUCAAUACAGUAACUUUGUGUUUUUGUAUAAAAUCAACUUAAAAAGGACAACUCAAAAAGAAAAACCUAUUUGUGACUGGAUAUUACAAGUUGAGGCUUUAUUAAAUAAAAUAUACUUAACUUAAAUUAACAAUAUUCUUGUAUGAAAAGCAACCUGGUGAUUUACGAAAACAUUUUGAGUGUGCAAUUUUUAUAUGAUGUACUUUGAAAAAUAUGGAGUGCUUUGAACACUGAUAAAAUGCACUAUAUAAAUUCAAUAUAAUUACCUCCCUGGA